AUGCAACGAACAAAACGAAAAGAGAAUGAUAUGGUUCAAAUUUCGAAUAGUAAUAAAAAACAGAAGUUAGAAAAUCAAAUAACAAAAAUCAAUUCAAACAAAUAUUAUCUUGAAGACUUAGCUAAUGAAAUUCUCUAUGAAAUAUUUGAAUAUCUUGAUGGAUAUGAUAUUUACAAAGGAUUUUACAAUCUUAAUAAUCGAUUUCAAAAUUUAGCUAUUAAUUCGAAUGUUUUAACUAAAAUCAAUAUUUCAACAAUAUCAAAAUCAAAUUUCGAAGAUUAUUAUUAUAAUAUACUUAUACCAAAUCAAAGUCAAAUUAAUUUUCUUCGUUUAUCAAAUCCAUUUGUUGCUGAGAUUAUUUUUUCAGAACCACGUUUGAUUUUAAAUUUUAUUCGUCUUCAAACAAUAAUUCUUGAUUAUGUACAAGAAAAAAAUUUUAACAAAUUCUUUGAUUAUUUAAUAUGUUUAACCACUCUUCAUGCAAUAACUAUUUCUUUUGUUGAAGAUUUUUCAUCAUUAGAUAUUAUUUCUCAAAUAUUUCGUUUAUCGACAUUAAAAUAUUGUAAAAUUGAAUAUCGACAAUUAUUAUCUACUGAUUUUACUUAUUAUGAUUCUAGUCCAAUAGAAUGUUUAAUAAUAAAUGGUCGUUUCCCAUUUAGCGCAUUUCAUAAUUUAUUAUGUUGCCUUCCCAAACUUCAACAUUUAUCAAUUAAUUGUCUUUGUAAACAUGAUGGUUAUCAAGAAAGAAACAAAUUAUCUUCUAUUCAAUUACAAUAUUUAAAACAUGUUUCUCUUAAAUUUGAUUAUGUACGUUUUGAUGAAUUUGAAAAAAUUAUUAAAGAAUUUUUUUAUCAUAUUCAAAUUUUACGUCUUACAAUAGCGGGUGAUGAAACCUAUUUAGAUGCUACACGGUGGCAACAAUUAAUCUUAUUUCAUAUGCCAUAUUUACGUAUAUUUGAUAUUCAUCAUCAAGCUUUUCUAGUCAAUAUGAAUUCAAGUUAUCAUGAUAUAAUUAAUCAAUUUAAUUCUUCGUUUUGGAAUGAAAAGAAAUGGUUUUUUACACAUCAACAUAAUCGGGAAUACCGAUUGGAUAGUGGAAUUUUUUAUUCAACUGGUCCAUAUCGAAGAAAAGAUUAUACAUAUUAUAGGGAGAUAGAUGAAGGACUUGGUUUAUGUCAUCAAAAAGAAAAUUUCAAGUCAGUCAAACAUCUUUAUAUUGCGGGUAAAAUAAAACCAAAUUGUCGAAAUUAUUUUUCAAAUGUUAAUCAAUUAACUAUUGAAUAUUAUAUUGAAACAUUAGAUGUUGAUCCAUUUAUAACAAAUCUUAAGUGUAUGAUUCCUUUAGAACAACUUACAAAAUUAGAUAUUUACAGUUGGGGUUUUCCAUUCGAAGAAAUUAUUAAAUUAUUACGUUUAACACCUAAUUUAUACACAUUACAAUUUUAUGCAACGUCUUUGCAAAAGAUUGAUUCAAAUUUCACUAAAUCCAAUAUACUUUUACAAUAUGUAUCAAAAAAAAAUAAAAUUGAAAAUUUAGUUAUUUUUGGUAAAUGUUCAUUGAAUCAAAUUCGAUUCAUUGUUUCUGUAUUUUCGAAAUUAAAAUAUCUUACAAUUGGAAUAAAUACAACAAAAAUAUCAUCAAUAAUUCGAUAUUUAUUAUCAAAAACUCAUAAUCAAAUACAACACUUAUGUUAUUUCUGUAUUUUAAAUGUUCAAAAAGUAUGUUUAGGAGAAACAAAAGAUUUAAUUAAAUUAAAGAAUUUACUUGGUAAUUACUCUAUUGAAUACAUUAAUUAUAGUUUACAUUUAUGGCGGUAAAAAUUUAGUUCUUUAGGACUUGUUCUAUUUAUUUAUUUUCUUGUUUUAUAUGAUAAUGAUAGUUUUGUAAUUCAUUUAAUAAAUAAAUCAGAGAUUGAACUUUCAAUAGAUAUAUUUAUGAUUUAUAAUUGCAGCAAAUCGAAAAUAAUCAUUCAUAUUAAAUGAAUGUUUAUUAGAAGAUUUGAUAAAGAAUAAAUUAUAAAAUCUCGAGAAAUUGAAAUUUAUGGAAAGUAUUGUUUUUAAUACCUUUCGAGACCGAAUAUAAGGAAAAAAAUAGGAGUUUUUCCAAUUUUGGCGUCAAGUGAUAUCAUUUUGUGGAAUUUAUGUAUAUUUUCGGAAAAAGAAACAUAGUGAGUGUGCUUUGAAAUCAAAGUUUUUUUUGAACUGUUCCAAUACGGACCUUAGUAAUGAUAGAUAGACUUAGAAGAUUCUGAAGCAUUCUAGAAUCUUCGUGACCAUACAAAUGACUCGAAUAAUUGAAAAAAACUCGGACUCGUAUAUUUUGCAUAGGUAAAAAAUUAUACAAUCUUUAUCAAGGAUAUUUUAACCAAUAAAUAGGUUGUA